CUAUUACCUGCUAAUAGAAUUGGGUUUAAUUUGCAAAUGUAGCUUGAUUUAAACUCUAUCACCCAACAGAAGAAAUAUUUUGCCUUAACUGAAUUGCUAGCUCUCAGUGGGUUUGAGUGGAAUGAAGAGAAAAUGAUGUUGGCUUGUGAGAAAAGUGCGUAUGACGAGGCUACGAAGGGUAAAAAGGAUGCAAGUGGAUUGUACGAUAAGCCUUUUCCGCACUACCACAGUUUGGGAGAGAUUUAUGCAAAAGAUCGUGCUAUGGGUGCAAAUGCUGGUAACGCUGAUGACGAUGAAGAAGAAGUUAGACUUGAAGAUGCCAAUGUCAAUCAACAUGAAGGUGAGGAUGAAAGUGGAAAUGACUUUGAUACUUCUUUCUCAGUACCAAAUACCCAACAAGAAAGGAAUGCAGAAAGUAACACAUCAAACAUUAGUCGCAAAAGGACAAGAGUAGCGGAUGAAAUGGCCAAGCAAUUCUCUAUUAUGGCUAAAGCUAUUGCCGAUGUGGGACCUAAGAUUGAUGGUCUAGUUCAUGCACUGUCAACCGAUAUAAAUCUGACCGAAAUGCAACAAAAAACUUGA